GACAAGACAAUAACCCAAAGGGAAACAUGACAUGGAAAACAGCAAAAACACCCAAACCUACAAAACUAUAAACGUGACAUAACAUGAGAAUCGUGACAAUAUGGGUACAGCACGCACUGUAUGAAUGUUACUAUAUCACUACCAGCCAACCUUAAAAGAACCUUUUUUCUGUUGGUGCUUCAUUUCUUUUUUAAGGACCAGUAGCAAUUCAAAUGUCUUCUCCUGUUUAUAAUGUAAUCAAUUAUUGAGAGCAAUAUACAUAAGAUCAAAGAAAUCAAAGCCUGAAAAUAAAAUGUAUGGGAAAAAUAUAAUAAAUUAAUAAUGUCACUAAAAUGCUUAUUGGUUUUCUGUACAUACUGUAUUUUAAUAUAUGCAAUAACUUCCAAAAGAAAACUGUUCAUGGAAAAAUGACUCAUUAGUUUCUCAAAUAGUGUGAUACAUAUUGAUUUCUUGUUUGUUGCCAAACUGUCACAGACAGGGAUCCGAACUUUGCCUCUUUACUUGUUUGUUUUUUUACUUUACUCUGGGUGGGAGUGAGUGCAUGCACAGCACACAAAUCACAGGUCAAUGCCCCCUCCCCGUUUGAAGAGUGGAGGGUGGGGGGUAAGAAGGAGUGAGGAGGUGGCCCUUUUCCUGGAUUCAGGGUCUUGGAUCAUUCCUUUCAGAGACGAGUGGACUGACGCCCUGAUAGGAUGCAUAACGCUGUGAUUCAGGUUUCCCUGCUGCUGCUGUGCUGGACGUGGACCCUCCAGGGGGUCCCGGUCCUCCCAGACCCUCUCUACCCCUCGCAGGAGAACUUUGAUCUGGCCCAGUUCAUGGGAACAUGGCAUGAUGUUGCCAGUGCCAGUUCAUGCCCCCACAUGCAACGUCAGAGGGGGGAUUCAGCCAUUGGUACACUGGUUCUGCAGAGCGGCACCACUCAGGGCAAAGUCAAGGCCACUCGGAGGGUACUCAGACAAGGAACGUGCAAUGAGAUGACUGUGGAUUUUGGGUUGACCACCACACCAGGACGAUUCUCCUACCAUGUUGCAAAGUGGGGGGCAGACGUGGAUGGCUAUGUGGUUCACACAAACUACAAUGAGUAUGCGAUUAUAAUAAUGAGCAAACAGAAGUCAGGAGGGGAUACAAGCACCUCACUUAAGCUUUUCAGUCGAUCCAUGACGGUGAGAGACACGGUGCUGGAGGACUUCAAAACACUGGUCAGAGAUCAGGGAAUGAGUGAUGACACUAUCACAAUUAAGCAGAACAAAGGCGACUGUGUUCCUGAAGAGGUGGUGGCGGAGCCGACAGCUCAGCCUGAGGCUCAGAGGAGGAGGAGGAGAGACGUGGUGCCUUCUCUGGUUCUAGCAGAUGUCGAGGGUUCUGGUGAUGAUACACCUCUUUUCAAUGGAAGCGAGUCCUGUAAAGCAGCACCAGAAACAGGCCCAUGUUUCGGGCUGCACCAGCGUUACUACUACAACUCCUCCUCCAUGAGCUGUGCACUCUUCAAUUACGGAGGCUGUAUGGGCAACCAGAACAACUUUGAAAACGAGAGAGAGUGUCUGCAGAGAUGUCGCACUGAAGCUGUGUGUCGUCUGCCAAUGGCGGCCAUGCCGUGCACCGGCCAGCCGCCUGUCUGGGCCUUCGACUCCACCGCGGGCCUCUGCGUGCCGUACAAACAGGGCUUCUGCCAGGGCAACGCCAACAAGUUCUACAGCAAGGCUGAGUGUGACGAGUACUGCGGGGUGGUCAAUGACGAGGGAGAGCUCCUGAAAGCAAACUGAGCUAACUGCUCAUCAUAAUACCGAGAUGCAACUUGAAUCAGCAUCCCAAUAAAGAGUCAUGCUUUUGUCUCAUCUCUCAUGGUAUAUCUGAAGUGUUGGGAAGGUCAAUUUAUAAAUGUAAUAUAUUACAGAUGACUAGUUACCCUUUUAAAAACUUAAUAAGUUAUGAAAGGUAUUAUAUUUGAUUGAAUUUAGAUUUGUCUAACAAAUGUAAGAACAGUAUUCAACACUGAUAUCUGUCAAUAUAUUUUUUUAAUAGUUUUCUACAGACAAACAUUACAUUUGGUUGUUACCCAUUUGUUACUUAAAUUUGUUACAUAACUUUCAUUUGAUUACAUUCAACUAACUGUAUUGACAAACACUUUCAUAUUGUAAUUUAAUCACAUUACACCGUUCCAUAUUAUCAGUUUCUCCCCAACAGUGGAAGUUAUAUUACAGCAGACCACAAAGGAGAAAC